AUGAAGGACCACGACGCCAUCAAGCUUUUCAUCGGCCAGAUCCCCCGCAACCUGGAGGAAAAAGACCUCAAACCGCUCUUUGAGGAAUUCGGAAAGAUAUACGAACUCACUGUACUGAAAGACAGGUUCACGGGAAUGCAUAAAGGAUGUGCCUUUCUAACAUACUGUGCCAGAGAGUCUGCACUGAAGGCCCAGAGCGCCCUCCAUGAACAGAAGACUCUGCCAGGGAUGAACCGUCCCAUCCAGGUGAAGCCAGCCGACAGCGAAGGACGAGGAGAAGACAGGAAGCUCUUUGUGGGAAUGCUGGGCAAACAGCAGAGUGAGGAUGACGUGCGUCGCCUUUUCGAGACCUUUGGCCAGAUCGAGGAGUGCACCGUGCUGCGAGGGCCUGAUGGGGCCAGUAAGGGCUGUGCCUUUGUCAAGUUUUCCAGCCACGCAGAAGCCCAGGCAGCCAUCAACAGCUUACAUGGGGGACAAACUAUGCCGGGUGCCUCUUCCAGUCUGGUAGUUAAGUUUGCAGACACUGAUAAGGAGAGGACCCUGCGCAGGAUGCACCAGAUGGCCGGGCAGCUCGGCAUCUUCAGUCCCAUGACCAUCCAGUUUGGGGCCUAUGGCGCCUACUCUCAUGCUAUGAUGCAACAGCAAGCCGCCCUGAUGGCUGCCACACAAGGCUCGUACCUGAACCCCAUGGCAGCCAUCGCAGCAGCGCAAAUGCAGCAAAUGGCAGCUUUCAAUGUCAACGGACUGGUGGCGACUCCCAUGACUCCCUCCUCAGGCACCAGCACACCUCCAGGCAUCAGUGCCACUGCCGUCCCCAGCAUAGCCACGCCCAUUGGAGUGAAUGGAUUCAGUGCCCUCCCGCCACAAAGCAAUGGGCAGCCAACGUCCGAGCCCAUCUACACCAAUGGGAUCCACCCUUACCCAGCACAGAGUCCAACGGUGACUGACCCUCUCCAACAGGCUUAUGCUGGCGUCCAACACUACGCAGCAGCCUACCCUGCCGCCUAUGCGCCAAUCAGCCAAGCGUUCCCCCAGCAACCAACCAUCAUUCCCCAGCAACAGAGGGAAGCCUUCUCCUCACCACCACCACCACCCCAGCAACAGCAGCAACAGCAGCAGCAGACCUCCUCACAACAAAGGGAGGGGCCAGAAGGUUGCAACCUGUUUAUUUAUCACCUGCCGCAAGAGUUCGGAGAUGCGGAGCUCAUGCAAAUGUUCCUGCCUUUUGGCAACGUCAUUUCUGCCAAAGUCUUCGUGGACCGGGCGACCAAUCAGAGCAAGUGUUUUGGUUUUGUGAGUUUUGAUAAUCCGUCCAGUGCUCAAGCGGCGAUCCAGGCCAUGAAUGGUUUUCAGAUAGGCAUGAAGAGGCUGAAGGUACAGCUCAAGCGGCCAAAGGAUGCCAACCGACCUUACUGA